AUGAGCGCCCCUAUCGCUCUUCUAUCUGUCUACGACAAGACUGGUCUAUUGGAUCUUGCGCAGGGCCUUCAUGGCGCAGGUGUACGCCUCCUGGGCUCAGGAGGUACUGCGAAAAAGAUUAGAGACUCCGGAAUUCCGAUCGAAGAUGUCUCCGACAUAACAAAGGCGCCGGAGAUGCUCGGUGGUAGGGUGAAAACCCUGCACCCCGCAGUGCAUGGAGGCAUCCUCGCCCGCUCUAUUCCCUCGGACGAAGCGGACCUCCAAGCGCAGUCUAUCUCCCCUAUCUCAAUCGUGGUUUGCAACCUUUACCCAUUCUCAUCCACGAUCGCACAACCCGGCUGCACGAUUGCUCAGGCCGUUGAGGAAAUUGACAUCGGAGGCGUCACCCUCCUUCGUGCUGCCGCCAAGAACCACGCCCGGGUAUCCAUUCUCUCCGAUCCCGCAGACUAUGCCAACUUUUUGAAAGCCUGGAAGGAUGGACAAGGCGAUGUCGGGCAGUCGAAGCGAAGUAUGCUCGCGCUCAAAGCAUUCGAGAUGACCGCACGCUAUGACGAGGCCAUCAGCGACUACUUCAGGGAGCAGUACGCGUCUGCGGAGUUGAGCGCGGACCAGCUCGCGGGUCCAGUACAAAGGAUGGCACUGCGGUAUGGCGCAAACCCCCACCAAAAGCCUGCACAGGCAUUCGUGACAGAGGGUCAAAUACCGUUCAAGGCACUCUGCGGGUCUCCUGGGUACAUCAACCUGCUGGACGCACUCAACUCCUGGGCACUUGUGAAGGAGCUUCAGGCUGCGAUGAACCUGCCUGCUGCAGCUUCGUUCAAGCACGUAUCCCCUGCCGGCGCUGCCGUCGGCCUCGAGCUUGACGACGUCGAGAAGAAGGUGUAUGGUGUGGAUGACCUCAAGGAGUCACUGACACCUCUAGCAUCUGCGUACGCGCGCGCCCGAGGUGCUGACCGGAUGUCCUCCUUCGGAGACUUCAUCGCUCUCUCCGCCCCAUGUGAUCUGGCUACCGCCAAGAUAAUCUCUCGUGAGGUUUCAGAUGGUGUCAUCGCUCCUGGAUACUCGGAAGGGGCGCUUGAGGUCCUUAAGAAGAAGAAGGGCGGAAAAUACUGCGUGCUUCAGAUUGACCCCGAUUACACUCCUCCCGAGAUUGAGACGAGGCAAGUAUAUGGUAUUCAUAUGCAGCAAAGGCGGAACGACGCUGUCAUCGACGCAAACCUCUUCACCAACAUCGUCACACAAAACAAAGAGCUGCCUCAAGCCGCGUUAACCGAUCUUAUCGUCGCGACUUUGGCCCUCAAAUACACCCAGUCCAAUAGUGUCGCCUACGCGUACCAUGGCUCUAUCAUCGGCAUCGGCGCAGGCCAACAAUCGCGCAUCCACUGCACGCGCCUCGCUGGUAGCAAGGCCGACAACUGGUGGCUGCGUCACCACCCGCGCGUGCUGGCCCUGCCGUUCAAGAAGGGGACGAAGCGCGCGGACAAGGCGAACGCGAUCGACCUGUUCGUGAGCGGUGAGGUCCUUGAGGGCGGAGAGCGCGCGCAGUGGGAGUCGCUGUUCGAAAGCGUGCCCGGGCCGCUGAGCGAGUCGGAGAAGAAGGAACACCUGGCAAAGCUCGACGGCGUCGCGUGCUCGAGCGACGCGUUCUUCCCCUUCCCUGAUAACGUUCACCGGGCGAAGAAGAGCGGCGUAAAGUACCUGGCCGCGCCGUCUGGAAGCGUUAUGGACGCCGAGUGCAUCAAGGCCGCCGACGAACACGGUAUGGUGUUCGCGCACACCACGCUCCGGUUGUUCCACCACUAA